GCGCCUCGGUGGCGCACGGCGUACUUUCUAAUCGUGACGUCAUUCGUGCAGUGAACUCGAACGGAGAAGUAGCGCUCCGUGUUUCUUCGCGUUAUUUUUCGAAUCAUCUUUAUAAUAAUUAUAGUAAUUACAAUUAACAGUCAGCAUAUUAUCAGUCAGCGCGAUUGAUUAACCUCCUUCGACUUGAAAACGUUCUUAGAUUUAUAAAGGAUUUAUUUCUCACAAUUUAGUCACGUGAAGUAGCCGAGAUGUGAAGAUACACGAGGCGUAAUCACGGUUCCGCGAUUUUUAAAUGGUGUAUAGUUUCGAUUUUUCGCAGUUAUAAUAAAAUAACGUAAUAUAAUAAAGUGCGCGUCUGAUUAUUGCCGCGAGUGCCGUAUAAAAUAUCGCGCGAUCGUUAUUUCGAUUAAUGCGCACGCGAUUAUAGUUAAUCGUAUUUUUGCGAAUAAAAGUGUCGUGAAAAAACAACAAAAGAUGAACAAAAGAGGAUUCACGGGGAGAUAUCGUCCUACGAAGAAGCAACCACAGGGUCAACGACGAAUACUACAAUUCCUGUUAUGCAUCGUAUCGGUAACUUGAUGGUGAUCUUUGUUGUAACGUUCUCCCGACGAUUACGCAGUAUCACGAAUUUCUUCCUGGCAAAUUUGGCAGUGGCUGAUUUUUGCGUGGGCAUAUUUUGCAUUUAUCAAACACUCACCAAUUAUUUAAUGAACAGCUGGCAACUGGGUGACUUCCUCUGCAAGGUGUAUAUGUUCGUGCACGCGCUCUCCUAUACCGCCAGUAUACUGAUCUUAGUGGUGGUAUGCACCGAACGUUAUUUGGCUAUUGUUCAUCCUAUUAAGUGUCGGUCCAUGCUGACUAGAAGUCGUCUCAGAAUGGUGAUAGGCGUAGUGUGGGUCCUAGCGGCUGUAUACGCCUCGCCUAGAUUUCUCUACGUCGAAACCAUCAGCAACCAAUUGAACACUGGCGACGUGGACAUCAUCUGCAUAGCUAAUAUCAAGAAGCACAACAAGAAUGUCCUGGAUGUAGUGAAUCUGGUCUUUCUUUACCUUGUACCGCUUUUUCUUAUGUGCUGCUUGUAUACGAGAAUCGCUGUCGGUCUCUGGAGAAGCAGCGCCACUCUUGGAGGACCCGGUCUGAUCGCCAGGAGUAGAAACGGCAGAGUCCAUCAUGUUCACACAUCCAGCAGAAACGUUCUGAGGGCAAGACGUGGUGUUAUCAGAAUGUUGAUUGCCGUGGUGAUGAUGUUCGCCAUAUGCAACCUGCCCCAGCAGGCUCGUAUCGUCUGGCGACACUGGGGCUCCAACUACGACCACACGUCGGAUUUCAGCACUCUUCUGACUGUGUCGACCUUCCUCAUCUCGUAUAUGAACUCCUGCCUGAAUCCGCUGCUAUACGCUUUCCUGUCGCGCAACUUUCGCAAAGGUAUGCGCGAGCUGUUGCGUUGCAAGGGUGCAAGGAGUCGUAACGCUCUGGCGAUGGUGUAUACCAGCGGCGAUCAUACAAAUCGCCACGAAAACGGCACCAAUUUACCGCAUAGCUCGGUCGUCCGACUGAGUUCCGUCCAAGACAGUCCAUGCACAACGCAGGCCAUCACACAGCAGAACACUUAUGGCAAAAACAUUCAAUAAACUACGACCAGGAUAGAAGCAUCUUUACAUAGAAUAUUCCAGGAUGGGAACGGACAAAAUUUCUCUCAGGGAGACGCGUGAGCGCCUGCAAGAUCUUCCCUUCUUCUAGGGAAUCUAUUUCGAUGCAGUCUAUAUAUAUUAUGAAGAAACAAAAUGAAACGUGUUUUGUGUUGAGAAUUUAUUUAAAACUUGAAAACUUUGAAUUCGACUAAGCUGAGAUAAAUUUACGGUUAUAAAGGAUAGAAACUGAAUGUGGAACACCUUGUAUAUGGAUGACGCCGAAUCAGGUAAAUGUUUCAUGGCAAAAAUCUAUUUUUUUCACCAUAUUAGAAAUAUUUUUAUCGCGUUUCAAUAUCGAGGUUUCAUUUUUUAAGCGCUCCAAAAUUCUAGUCCCCAAUCGAUUUUCCAAAAAUAUCGUAUAUAAAAGGACUUAUCUCUUAAAAGAUUUGAUUUAUUUUGAAAAUUUAGCUGUUUGACUUUCGAAUGCAAAUAUUGUAUUAUCUUUCAAUCGACACAGAAUUUGCAGCUCAAUUUCUUCGUGAUGCGUGACGUUGUAAUCUUAAUCUCAGCUCAUUAUUGCGGGAAUUACUACGUUUCGAGAACAGUAAUAGUUUUUAUUGCACAAAAGAGAGAGAGAGAGAGAGAGAGAAAGAAAAAAUUCUCGUGAAUUCUAGUCAAGUAGCGUCAACGGCAUUUAUCUACUGUAAUCCGUAUAUGCACAGCAAAAUUGAAUACGGUGAGCUUAAUCGGAGCUUAUUCAGAAUGCAUUACGUACUCCCAUUUCUACUCUCAUUUUUUGUCCCUCAAUGCAUAAACAAUACAGACAGAAACUAUCGUGAAUUUUGUUUUGUAUUCGCUUAGUUUAACACUGCAUUUGAAAUAGCAACAAGAAACUACAUUAUGCAACCGAGAUACGAUCGAUAUCUACAUAUUCAUAUUUAUAUACUGGAAUCGCGUAUCUCGUAUUGAAUUUGAAUGAAGUAUCGUAAAAUGUCUUCGUGUAAUGUAAAUAUUUUUCGAUAUUUUAUCUCAAUUAUUAUGUACCAAUGUCGAUUCUCUUACACAAUCCGUUAGCUUUAUGAAAAUGUUUUUCAAUUUUUAAAUUUUAAUGAAAAAUCACAAUUGUUAAAAACUUGGAAAAAAUCCACUUGAAUAACAUACUAAUCGUCUGACAAAUUAAUACAUAUUAAUCGUCGUAUUUAUUGGAAAAAUCAUACUCGUCGAAAAUAUGUA